AUGCUCAAAUUCGCGGAAUCCGAAGAAGCCGAGAAGCUGAAGAAAGCCGAGAUUCACGUCGUCGUCGAUGAGAUCAAACAAAUCGGCGACGUCGUCAUCGACAGAACCCGAUUAACAAUGAAGGUCGAGAAUUUCGAAACGAGCGGAUGGAGCCUCACCAUCUGGAUUAAAGAGGACGGCCAAUGGAAGAUUCGCAACACGUGCACCACGUUCAGAGCGCCGAAACCCGAUUGCCAAAAAUAA